CACCGUCACCAUCAAACUGUACGUUCUGAUAAACACACACAGUUUGUUCUUGAAUAUCAUAAAAAAUUUAAGGAAAUUAAUCAAUAAUAACCCUAAAAAAAUAUAAACAAAACAUUUAAUUAUUGAUUAAAUAUGCCGUUUAUGAAAGGAAAAGCUCCUGUACGGAGAACAUUGCAAUAUUUAGAAGCUGGUAAAUUAGUUUUGAAAGAUCAAAUCAAAAUUUUUAGUAUUAAUUACAAUACUCAUGGAACACAUCAUGAAGGGGCUAGACAAUUUGUUUUUUGGAAUUUACCUCAGCUUCAAUAUAAAAAUCCAAGUGUACAAGUAAUAACAUUUAAAAACUUAACUCCAAGUCCAUUUAUUCGAGCUUAUUAUGAAAGUGGUGAACAAAUGCUGAUUGAUAUUGAUAGUAAAUCGCGAGAUGAAGUUUUAGCACAUUUACUACGAGUUAUUGGCAAAUCAGAGGAUGUAUUAGCAAAAGAAGCUCAACAGAAAGAGAAAAAAGACAAUCCAGCAAACUUUGGAAUUGGAUGCGAUCGUUUUUGUAUGUGUGAAAUUCCUGGACAAGUACCAUGCCCUGCUGUUAUUCCUUUACCAAUGCAUAUGAGAGGAAAACAUAAAAAUCCAGCUAAUUAAUAAAAAUAACUU